CCAUUUCCAAAACAGUGAAAAUAAAUGAGGGGUAAACGAAAGCACAGAGUGUUUGUGGAUUUUUUAUUUUUCCGGGUAACAUAAAAUCGGAGGAAGAGAAUAUGAAGACAUUGUUUUCGCGGAAUUAGAGUGUGUAAUGUGUGCCUUCUCUCUACUUCUUUCUGAUUCUGCCUGUGCACUUCCCGAAGUAACUCCACUCUGUUUUCCUGCAAAAACCGAUUCACAUUUCUCGUACUGAGUAAAUCUCUAGGAGGAGGAGGAGGAGGAGAAGGUAGCGGUAAGGGAGUAGUGUAGUGAUGGACCCUUGCCCUUUUGUGCGUUUGACAGUGGGGAAUCUGGCCCUGAAGAUUCCGGUGGCGACGAAGCCAGCGCGUAGUGUCGUGCACCCGUCGUCUUCUCCUUGUUUCUGUAAAAUUAAGCUUAAGAGUUUUCCUCUUCAAACCGCUGUUGUUCCCUACAUUCCACCGGAGAAUCAGUUUCCUGAGAACCAGGUACAAACCAUAGCCGCUACUUUUCAUCUCAGCAAAACCGAUCUCGGCAGUCUCACUGCUAAAUCUAUUUUCGGAGGCAAGCUUUCUCUCAAGAUAGCCAUCUACACCGGCCGGACAGGCGCAGCGUGCGGUGUUAACUCCGGGCGUCUGUUAGGGAAGGUAUUGGUGCCUUUGGAUCUGAGUGGAGUGGAGUCCAGGCCUUUUGUUUUCCACAAUGGAUGGAUUUCCGUCGGGAAAGAGGCUUUGAAAGAUUCCUCCGCGCAGUUUCACUUGAAUGUUAAAGCGGAACCUGAUCCGCGAUUCGUAUUUCAGUUCGACGGCGAGCCGGAGUGCAGUCCUCAAGUUUUUCAAAUCCAAGGCAACAUUCGGCAGCCAGUUUUCACUUGCAAGUUCAGUUUCAGAAGCACCGGUGACCGAAAUCAGAGAUCCAGAUCGUUGCCGUCGGAGUCAAGCAGCUCUCGAGGAUGGUUAACUUCUUUUGGCAGCGAAAGAGAGCGAGCGGUGAAGGAGCGAAAAGGAUGGUCAAUAACGGUUCACGAUUUAUCCGGCUCGCCAGUAGCCGCCGCUUCAAUGGUCACGCCCUUCGUAGCUUCACCCGGCACUGACAGAGUGAGCCGUUCCAAUCCUGGAUCCUGGCUCAUUCUCCGGCCAGGUGAUGGCACCUGGAAGCCGUGGGGCCGGCUGGAGGCCUGGCGGGAGCGUGGUUCUUCCGACGGUCUCGGCUAUCGUUUCGAACUUAGCCCGGACAUGAGCGCCCCCACAAUAGUGUUAGCCGAAUCCACAUUAAGCUCGAGCAAGGGAGGAAAAUUCGUGAUUGAUCUUGGAUCUGGAUCAAACGGCCGCUCGACGCCGGCGAACUCUGCGUCUCCGGUGUGCAGCCCGAGGGGCAGCGGUGAUUUCGGUUACGGUCUCUGGCCCUUCUGCGUGUACAGGGGGUUCGUGAUGUCGGCUCGCGUGGAAGGGGAAGGCAGGUGCAGCAAACCUUGCGUGGAGGUGAGUGUGCAGCACGUGAACUGCUUGGAAGAUGCAGCCGCUUUCGUGGCACUAGCAGCUGCCGUUGAUCUGAGCAUGGACGCCUGCAGGCUUUUCUCUCAACGGCUUAGAAAAGAGCUAUGUAAUCAGCAGGACUCACUUGGCUAAUUCGCAUUUUGGUCGUUUUACUACCUUUCUUUUGUCGUUUUGGGCAACGGAUUUUGCAUUGUGGGCGUCAUUGGCUAAACUAACAAACAAAGAAAUCAACGAACUCUGUACAGCGAAUUGGGGGAGAUUAGACAGGCACGCUUUGUUUUUGCUGGUGUGGCUUGUAUUAAUUUCAUUUUUUGUUCUCUUUAAUGGAAAAAACAAGGAGGGUGGUGGUUUUUUCAGAUGGUCUACUCAAAUGCAUCUUACUCUUUUAAUAAUAAAAAAAAAAGGUAGAU